AAAAUUGGUUCCCUUACUCCAACUCCAAGACAAUUAAGAAGAAGAAGAAGCAGAAAAAACUCUGUGAAAGAAUCGGUGGUGAGAGAAAGAGAGACGAGAACGAUUCUGUGUUUUCUGAGGGAGCAAAUGGACGGUGUAGAUGGAACGAGGAGAAGGCGGAGGAGUCUAAAAGAACGGCUGGGAUUGAAAGGAAUGGGCUGUUGUGGGACCACCUGGGUUUUCGGUGGGACCAAUGUUAGAGACAACAACAUCGUCGACGACGACGACGACGAAGAAGAAGACGUGGUUGUUAUCGAUGUGGGCCUGGGCCAGGCUCCACCGGGUCAGAACCCGGAUCCGCUUUGCGUGAGCCCGGUUACGUCGGGUUCGGGUAUGAACUUAGCUGCCGCGUUGGCAGCUGAGAGACAACUUCGUGCGUCGCAUGAACCGGAGAGAGUGGCAUCAGUGGGGCCCACAGACACCACCGUAGGGGGGACGACGACAGCACCGGGAACGCCGUUCAGGGUUUCGUUGAUGAGAUUGCUGGAGGAAACGGACGGUGGAGAUGAGGAGACGACGAUGAUGACGGAGAAGGAGAAAGAGAGAGAGAAAGGAGGAGUGGAGGGGAAUGAUUCGGUGUGCUGCGUGUGCAUGGUGAGGAAGAAAGGCGCAGCGUUCAUACCAUGUGGGCACACUUUUUGCAGGGUGUGUUCGAGGGAGCUUUGGUUGAAUCGAGGUUCGUGUCCCCUCUGCAACCGUUCGAUCCUCGAGAUACUUGACAUUUUCUGAUUCCAUCUUCAUCCACGUGGUGCCUCCUGAUUCGUCAAAAACUGUGUUUUUUUAUUUUAUUGUUUUUUUUUUUUUUACUGUGGGGUAAAUUUUCCCAAGGAAUUCAAUACUGUAAUUCUGUUUU